AUGGCUUCAAUUGCGGCAGGAUGUACAGAGAGCAGCGAUGCUGUGUUUGGCCCUCGGGUCAGCCUUGCCUGUCGACCUUUUGACUUCACCCUCUAUUUUGAAGACUUGAUGUUUGUGUGCCUACCAGCGGCUAUCUUUCUGUUGCUUCUUUCGCUGUCGGUGUGGGAUCUUUGGCAUGAACCUCGUCGCAUCAAGAGAUCUGCCUUGUUGGUUUCAAAGCUAGUAACUCUUGGCGCAUUGUUUGCAUGCCAACUCGUCUUUCUGUCGUUGCGACAUACAGGCCCAGCAUCCCUCCGAACCAAUGUAUCCCUUUCAGCUGACGUGCUGGAAGUGGCCGCGACAGCCAGUGCGCUAUGCCUUUCGUACCUGAGCCACUGCCGCUCAAUCCAGCCCUCGACGCUCCUCAUUGUUUAUCUCUCCGCGCGGUCGCUGCUUGGCAUCGCUCGGUUGAGGACUUUGUGGCUCUUGCACGCGGCAACAACGGAGGCCAUAAUAUUCACAAUCGAACUCAGCUUCACUCUUCUAGCAUUAGUGCUAGAGUCGAUAGAGAAAGCGUCGAUUCUGGUACACACAACAGCGAAGCCUGCCACACCCGAGCCCUUCAGUGGGUUCUGGAAGCUGGCGACCUUUGCCUGGCUGGCCGGUACUUUCCGCCAGGGUUACUACAAAGUGCUUUCAGUCCACGACCUUCCUGAUCUUGAUCCCCAGCUGAGCAGCGAGGUCGUCGGUAAGCAGCUUGAAUUGGCGUGGUCGCGAACAGGGAACAAGAAUGCAAAAUAUGCAUUACUGCGCACUUCAAUGCGUGCCUAUCUAAGCCCACUUCUUGCUGCAGUGCUUCCUCGCCUGAUGCUGACGGGCUUCACCUUCUGCCAGCCAUUUCUGGUGGAUGCGACCGUGACAUGGGUCGGGAACAAGGAUGCUGCUCUUGACUCGGGAAAGGGGCUAAUCGGGGCGUUCGCGAUCGUCUAUACGGGGAUGGCCGUGUUCACAGCUCUGUCCGGCUAUCACACUUUCCGUUUCACCAUCCGUCUCCGCGCCGGACUGAUCGCCCUCAUCCACCGCCAAACUGUACACACCAGGGCGAUUGACCUUGGGGAAAUCACUGGAGUCACUCUGAUGGGUACGGACGUGGAGCGCAUUACAUCAGGAUUCCUUGCCAUCCAUGAUUUGUGGGCCUGCUUGAUCGACAUCGCCAUAGCGAUCUACUUGCUCGCCAGACAGCUGGGAGUAGCCAGUCUCGUCCCCGUCGUGAUAAUCGUCGUCUUCUUCGGUUGCACAUUCAAGGUCUCAGCAGCGAGCAACACCGCGCAACGAGCCUGGAUCGAGAAAGUAGAGGAUCGGAUACGCUUCACGUCAUACGCGCUUGAGAACAUCAAGUCCGUCAAGAUGCUCGGCUUAUCGCGGAAGAUGACUACCAUCAUUGGCAGUUUGCGAUAUGUGGAGGUGGCCGCUUCAACAGUGUUUCGCAAGUUACUCAUUGUGAGCGUUGUACUCUCCAACUCCCCGUCUGAUCUGGCUCCAAUGGCCACUUUCGCUCUCUAUGUCAUCAUCGCUCUGGUCAAACAUGAUAACUCGAUUUUGGCGGCUAAAGCCUUCACCUCUUUAUCGCUUAUCUCGUUAACGACGAGCCCAGUGUUGACUUUCAUUCAAUCAUUCCCAUCCGUGAUCGAGUGCCUGGGCUGUUUCGACCGGAUCCAAGAGUAUUGCAGUAAAUCGUCUACGUCGAGAGAAUCUGAGGAUCCAACCAAGCAAGACCAUCAAGGCAUUCCGUUGGAUUCAUUGAAGAAGCACACAUCAGUUCAGGAGGGAAGCAUGAUCGAGUUCGCCGGGCAAAGUUUCGGUUGGGGUCAGACAGCUGCCCCAGUUCUGCACGACAUCCAAUUGAAGAUCCCACAAGGGAUGAUAACCAUGAUGGUUGGACCAAUCGGUAGCGGAAAGACGACAAUGAUAGAAAGUAUCCUGGGCGAGACUGUCCUUUCUGGCAAAGAAAUGAACGUAGAUCGCUCCUCCAUCGCCUACUGUGCCCAGACCGCGUGGCUACGAAGCCAGACAAUACGCGAGAAUAUACUGGGGUCGCAUCCGAUGGAUCCAGAGUGGUACGAGACGGUGACUACGGUCUGCAGUCUUGAGCGAGAUCUCUCACGGCUACCACACGGUGAUCAGACUCCAGUCGUGAGCAAUGGACUUACACUCAGUGGGGGGCAGAAACAGCGCAUUGCUUUGGCAAGAGCAUUGUAUGCCCGACCGAGAAUUGUGUUGCUCGAUGAUAUCUUCAGUAGCAUCGAUGCUACGGCCACUGAGGAUAUUGCUCGCAGUUUAUUUGGGGAAAAUGGACUUUUCCGAAUGAUGAAGACCACUGUUGUGCUUGCAACACAUUCAGGGUACCUCCUGCGGUAUGCGGACUAUGUCGUAGCCCUGCGUGAGGGUCGCAUCAUCGAGGCCGGCAGCUUGGAGAACCUCAAGAAAGAAAUUUCUUUCGUCCAAACCCUGGAGGUCGCGGUGCCAGAGAACUCCGGUAGCGACAGUGACACAAGCGAUGAUUCAUCCAAGCUUGCAGGGGCUGAUGAUCAUAACUCUAUUUCUGAGGCAACAGACUCAGCUAAGAAGGUCACCGUCAAUGAUCCAAGCCGCCAGACUGGGGACUUUGCCGUCUACGCAUACUACGCCUCUGCUUCAGGGCGUGUGAAUAUUGGGCUCUCCCUCAUGUUUGCUUCUUUGUGGGCCUUUUGUCAUGAGUUUCCCACUGUGUGGUUGAAUUGGUGGACAGCCGCAAACGAGAGAAGCCCCAACUCAAGGGUCGGGAUGUAUCUGGCCAUAUAUAUCUUUCUUGGACUCACCGGAACGAUAUUGUUGGUUACCACUUGUUGGAUUACCAUCGUUACCAUUAUCUCUAGGUCGGCGAUAAAGUUACAUGACAAUGUGCUGACCAGCACCUUCAGUGCCCCCUUCCAGUUCUUCCACAGUACAGACAUUGGAAGCAUCACAAAUCGAUUCAGCCAAGAUAUGGACCUAAUCGACAUGCGACUUCCACUUGAAGCUCUCAACGUAAUCGCUAUGGUCUCAACCUGCCUUGUAAAACUUGUGGUCCUAGCAGUAUUCGCCAAGUAUCUCGCAGUUGCGAUACCCUUCGCCGCCGCGGUCGUCUACAUAACCCAGAAAUUCUACCUCCGCACCUCGCGCCAGCUGCGAUUCCUCGACAUCGAAGCCAAAGCCCCUCUGUACACACACUUUCUCGAGCUCGUCAGUGGUGCAGCCACCGUUCGCGCUUUCAACUGGCAUGACAGAUUCGGCGCGGCCUGCACCGCCCUCCUCAACAUCUCACAGCGUCCGGUCUACCUGCUCUACUGCGUGCAGCAAUGCCUUGGCUUUGUUCUGGACAUCCUAGUCACAGUGUUAGCCGUCAUCCUUGUCGCGACGGUAGUCUUUCUCCGCGACAGGUUCGAUCCUGGAGAGGUCGGCGUCGCCCUGGUAAUGGUCAUGACAUUUAAUCAGACCUUGAUGAACCUGGUCAGAUCCUGGACCCAGAUGGAAACCUCCAUUGGUGCGGUAUCUCGUGUGAAGGCCUACGCGGCAACAACGGAACCCGAGGAGCGGGCUCCCGAGCUACUACCGUCGCUGCCCGCGAAGUGGCCGUACGCAGGAGAGCUUCGUCUCGAAAACGUGAUAGCCGGUCAUUCCAUGACCUCCGCGCCCGUACUAAAGGGAAUCAACAUAUCCAUACAAGCCGGCGAGAAGAUCGCCAUCUGCGGCCCAUCAGGAAGCGGCAAGACAACCCUCAUCCUGGCUCUGCUACGGAUGGUCGAGAUCCAAGAAGGCUCAUUAAGCGUGGACGGGCACGACCUGCUUUCAUACCCGCGCGAGGAGAUCCGCGCGAACCUGAAUGUCAUCACGCAAGAGCCGUUCCUGAUGGCCGGCACCGUUCGCUUCAACAUCGACCCCCUGGAGAACGCAUCAGACGAGGAGAUCAUCAAGGCCCUGCAACGGCUGCGCCUGUGGGACCGAGUCGAGAAAGAGGGCGGUCUGGACAUGGCGAUGAAACCUACCUCCUGGUCGCUCGGGCAGAGGCAGCUCUUGUGUCUCGCUCGAGCGAUGGUGCGGAAGAGUAAGGUGUUGAUUCUUGAUGAGGCUACGAGCAGUGUGGAUCACGAGACAGAAGACAUCAUGCAGGAGGUUAUUGAGACGGAGUUUGCGUCUCACACUGUGCUGGCGGUCAUGCAUCGCCUCAGGCUGGUUCAUCGGUAUGAUCGCGUGGCGGUGUUGAACGCGGGCGCGUUGGUGGAGCUGGACAGCCCUGCUGCGUUGAACUCGCGGGAUUCGCUGUUUAGACAGCUGUAUCAGUCUUCGCAUGGAGCGGUGGUCAGAUGAGCAGAGGCUGUGGUGCGAAUGAUAGAGGCACAUGAAUGCGAACCCUAAUGACGAUAACUAAUCUUCGGAAUUUAGUGGUUGAGGG